UGGGCGGGGGGUGAGGGGAAGGCAGCCAUCUUUAGUAUGGGCAACGUGACUUUACCCUUAGUAUGCCAGAAUAGGCUGGUUUUGUUUCCGUCUCUCUUAGUGUAUCGGCUGAGCUGUGACUUGGGGGAGUUUUAUCUGCUUCCGUUGGCAGUUCGGUCCCCAGCCCCCUCUUGCUGGAGCUCAGUGCCAGGGACUCAUGGAUGCCGGGAGGGCCCCUCCUGAAACCCGCCCCCGGAAAAAGAGGAAGAAGGUGGCGGUCCGGCCGGGCAAGCCGAAGCGCCCCCAGGCCCCCUCCUCUCCCGCCGACGUGGACGUCUUCCGCUGCGACGUCUGCGAGAAGGACAUCAAGUACCUGACGAACUUCCGGGAGCACCAGCGCAUCCACACGGGCGAGCGCCCCUACCAGUGCCAGCGCUGCGCCAAGACCUUCACCCGCUGCGCCGACCUCAUCAAGCACCGCCUGGUGCACUCGUCCAAGCGGCCCUUCCGCUGCCGGGCCUGCGGGAAGCGCUUCAAGCUGCGGGCUGACCUGGAGAAGCACGGCAAGGUGCACUCGGACGAGGCGCCCUUCGGCUGCCACCUGUGCCCCAAGCGCUUCAAGCGCACCUCUUGCCUCGUGAAGCACCUCCGCAUCCACACGCAGGAGAAGCCCUUCGCCUGCGCCCACUGCGCCCGGCGCUUCAGGUGGGAGGCCUCGGUCAAGGAGCACGAGCGGGUGCACACGGGCGAGAGGCCGCACCGCUGCGGGGAGUGCGCCAAGGCCUUCACCCACCGCUCCACCUUCCUGCAGCACCGGCGCACCCACCAGGCCCAGCCGGCUUUCAGCUGCGAGCGCUGCUCCAAGGCGUUCAACCACAAGUCCAACCUCUUAAAGCACAUGCGGAACAUGCACAGCUAGGAGCGCCCUGCCCU